CUGACUCCGAUCCCCAAGAAUACACCCGCUCCAAUAUCGCUUCUUUGUCUUCUCCUGACCAAUCAUCGCCACAUCAACCCCAGCAACAGCAGCAACAGCAGCAGCCCCCAGCACCUCAGGAGCCCUCGCAAAAGGAGUACCAGAUGGCCCCUUCGGAGCAUCAUCAGCGCGAAAGCACAGACGCCCAGCGGCCCAAGAUGCCCACAUACAAGGGCCUCGAGAACUUUAAGCUGCUCGAGAAGAUGGGAGAUGGUGCCUUUUCCAAUGUGUACAAGGCAAAGGACCUUACGACUGGCAAGAAAGUCGCAGUCAAGGUCGUCCGCAAGUUUGAGCUCAACUCCCAGCAGGCCGGCGAGAGACACUUGAAUAAAGAGUUCAAGAAGAAGCCGCGCGUAACAGAGCGCGCCAACAUCCUCAAAGAGGUCCAGAUUAUGCGUGGGACGAACCACCCAUCCGUCGUCCGCCUGAUAUCUUUCUCGGAGUCGCCUGAAUACUACUUUUUGGUCCUCGAGUUGAUGGAGGGUGGAGAACUUUUCCACCAGAUCGUCAAGUUGACGUACUUUAGUGAGAACCUGUCUCGACACGUCAUUCUCCAGGUCGCACAGGGCAUCCGGUAUUUGCACGAGGAGCGUGGAGUAGUUCACCGGGAUAUCAAGCCGGAAAAUCUGUUGUUUGAGCGGAUACCAAUCAUUCCGUCUAAGACCCCGGCACAGCGCCCCUAUGACGAGGAGAAGGAGGACGAGGGAGAGUUUACGCCUGGCGUUGGCGGAGGAGGCAUUGGUCGUGUCAAGAUUGCCGAUUUUGGUCUGUCGAAAGUUGUCUGGAACGAGGAGACGAUGACGCCAUGCGGGACAGUCGGAUACACCGCCCCCGAGAUCGUCAAGGACGAACGCUAUUCGAAGAGCGUUGACAUGUGGGCCCUCGGCUGCGUCCUCUACACCCUCCUUUGCGGCUUCCCACCGUUCUAUGACGAGAGCAUCAACGUCCUUACUGAAAAGGUUGCCCGGGGUUACUACACCUUCCUCAGUCCAUGGUGGGACGACAUCAGCCAUUCAGCCAAGGACCUGAUUCAGCAUCUCCUCUGUGUUGAUCCUGCCCAGCGCUAUACGAUUGACGAGUUCCUCGCUCACCCAUGGUGUCAUGCUGCGCCAGCUCCUCCGCCUCCACCAACACCACUCGCAUAUAACCGUGCGCCACCCCUCGAUUCACCCCUGCUUGCUGCAGCGCGCGGGGGUCUUGUCGAGGGCCGCUCGCCUGGUCUGGCUGUGCUCAAAGAGGCGUUUGACGUCACUUAUGCGGUGCACCGCAUGGAAGAGGAGGGCGCAAGACGGAGAGCCUACAAGGGCCGAGGAGGUGCCGGCGUUCGCGGGAAUCUACAGGGUCUCAAUGAGGACGAUGAAGACCACGUCGAUGAUGAAGAUGUCAUUGAGGAUGCCAAGGCACGCCACGGCGAGGUCGACGUCCCACAUGCCGCCGGAGCAGGCGCGAAGGCUGUCGCGAAGCGCAAUGUUGCGCCCACGAGUCACGUUGAACGGAGUAUCUGGGACGGACGCGCAGGCACGCGGGAUCGAGGCCGGCGGACGCAGGGCACGAAGGGUUUCGAGCUGGAUAUCGACAACGCGACGCUGCUUGGUAGGCGGCACAAGCGGGUUGGUGACAGCAACCUCAAGAACUCAAGUCCGCUCGCGCGGAAUACGGUCACGCCCUCUCGCCAUGAGGACAUUCUACCGCCAGGUAGUCCGAUGCGUAUCGUAUGAGCGAUCGGUGGUGUCGUGUACGACUGCUGCAUCCCUCGACUGUGCCAGUUUUUCGCUGGUGUAGUGUUUACCGGGUCUGUUCGUUGUUUGGGGUCCGGACGGACUAUACCCCCUUCUUGUACUAUCACUUCUCAACCCUUUCGCCUCCUCGCCUCCCCCUUGUCUGUCGCCAGCUGCGGACAUUAUCAGCUGUCGCAUGACUCUCAUAUCGCAUAUAUGGCACCCGCACAUCGACACUGCUCACAUCGCUUCCCGAUCUUCUGGCUCAUGUUACAGAAUGUUACAGAGCACCGCAUAUAGCCAUAACCCACGCAUAUCGGCGUGAUUGAAACGCCUUAAACCAUCAACAUACGCCCGCCCGCCCGUACGCAUGCAGCCCAUACGCUCUGUACGCCGCGCGAGAUGCAAAUGAUAUACACACUCUGCUCCAUAUUUGCAGGGAAAUAAUAGGAUAGUAAUCGAUACACCGACCGAUUCGAUUCGAGAGCGCGAUUCGAUCGGCCUCCGCGAGGUUCGUUCGGUGCGCUCUCAAGGCAUUGUACAUUUUACUUUGUAUGAUUAAUAGCUUGUGUUU